CACAACACCUGCAAUCACCACCCAGCUCGGGCGCACCAUUACCAGACUUGCAGCGAUAUUUCGACCACACUACAUCGAUAAUGCUAUGAUACGGCCAUCAAAGCCAUGGACAAGUUGACCCCACUACGGAAAGAAAGCAAUGGCUCAUCAACGUUUUCCUCCCGCUUGGCCCGAACCUUGACCUUUCGAAGUCAGAGGUCGAAUCAGUACAACAAGGAAACAGCAGAAGAAGUGCGUGGGCCAUACGGGCUGGUUCUCCUCUCAAGCCCUUCCGAGCCGAUCGUCGAUUUCGUUUUUGUCCAUGGGCUUCGAGGUGGCUCGAGAAAGACUUGGAGCAAGUCUGAAGAUCCUCUGCAUUUUUGGCCCAAAGAAUGGCUUCCUAGGGAUACCGAUUUCAAACAUGUUCGGAUACACUCUUUCGGAUACAACUCUGACUGGUCUCAACCCCAUGAUACCGUCCUCAACGUCCAUGACUUUGGAAAGUCACUGCUUGGCGCUCUCGACGACUCUCCUUUGAUCAGACGCGAUGCAACUCUUCCACUAGUCAUGGUUGGUCAUUCUAUGGGUGGCCUCGUUAUCAAGAAAGCAUAUAUCCUUGCCAAGCGCGAUCCUAUAUAUCACGGCCUAUCAGACCGAUUCAAUACCUUGUUCUUCGUUGCAACGCCUCACAGAGGAGCUGAUUCGGCACAACUGCUUUCCAACUUGCUACGCGCAGCGUCUCUGGGAAACCAUUCUUACCUGACAGAUCUUCGAAAGAAUUCUCCCUCCAUCGAGUCCAUCAACGACGAAUUCCGCCACAUUCACGACCGAUUGAGUCUAUACUCUUUCUAUGAGACAGAGCCAACGAACCUUGGAAUUCGAAGCAGCCUGAUUGUGGAGAAAGACUCUGCAAUCCUCGGAUAUGCGGGGGAAAGAGCGGCUUACAUUAACGCUGACCAUCGAGGUGUCUGCAAGUUUAAUACGCCGGAAGAUUCAAACUACCUCAUCCUCCGUCAUGCUUUCGCCCAUGCAAUUGAGGGGAUUUCAGAAGGCUGGUCCAGGUCUAGGACAGACAUGCAGCGAGAGCACAAGCAGCGCCUUGAAAGUUUUCUAGAUAUUCAUCAACCCCCAGAGGAUCAAUAUUUACACCACAGCUACUUGAAAAUUCAGAACACCUGCGACUGGUUGGUGGAGAGGCCAACAUUCCAAGAGUGGAGAGACUCCGGGGCACAAAAUGUCUACUGGCUAAGUGGAAAUCCAGCAUCGGGCAAGUCAGUCAUGUCGGCUCACAUCAAGGAUCAUCUGGAGGGCGCCAAUUUCUCAUGCAGCUACUUUUUCUUCACGCAUGAUUCCAAAGUCGGCUCAGAUUUAAGCUAUUGCUUACGAUCCAUCGCUUACCAGAUGGCGUCGUCCAACAUUUACGUCCGAGAUACCCUGCUAGCUAUGAUUGAGGACGGCUCACAGCUCGCGAAGUCCAAUUUCAGAGCAAUAUGGCAGAAAUUAUUUGUGGGUGGCAUAUUUCGAACGCCCUUGUUCCAACCUUACUUUUGGGUUCUGGAUGGUUUGGAUGAGUGCGAGGAACGCCAUGAGCUCGUAAAAAUGUUGGGAGAGAUUCCGCAAGAAUAUCCGUUGCGUGUCUUUGUAACGGCCCGGCCCAGCGCCGUGCUUUCUCAGCCUCCUGGUGCCGGAAGCCUUCGGAUGCACCAUGAACAGCUUCUCAAGGAGGAAUCUGCGAAAGAUAUCCACACAAUGAUCGAGGCCAAUAGGCAUCUGUUUCCAGAAAAAGAUGACUCUGCUCGUCGAGAGCUUAUCCAGCAGAUCAUCGGAAAGGCAGACGGCUGCUUCCUCUGGGUGAAGCUGGUGGUCGAUGAGCUUCGCAAGGCGUACUCCCCCAAAGAUAUUCAGAGAAUACUCGAUAGUGUUCCUGUCGGCAUGGAUGCUUUGUACUCCAGAAUUUUGAAGAGCAUGGAGCAAGUGCAGUAUGGAAGAGAAGUUGCAAAAGCAAUUAUCCGCUGGACAGUGCUCUCAUCAAGACCACUAACAGUUGGCGAGCUGGACGAAGCUUUGCAACUUGACCAGCAAGAUACCAUCCCUGACCUGGCCUCGAAAGUCGCAUCCGCAUGUGGACACCUUGUGUACGUGGACUCAAAAGAUCGAGUACGUAUGAUUCACCAGACCGCAAGGGACUUUCUGCUGCAACCGAAGCUCCAUUCUGAAUUCGCACUCAAAUCAAGCGACUGUCACGGCAGACUAGCGAAGGUGUGUCUCGGAUACUUGUUGGGGAACGAAAUGAAAGGACCUAGAGGACGAAGAUCAAGUGCCGCUCGAAUUCUGUCUGAACCCUCCACAUUCGCAACCUACGCUUGUAGCUCGUUCUUCGAGCACGUGCGGGGCACAAGUUCUGGAGACAGAGACGUGUUCAUGUUGCUCCAUGACUUCGUGACAUCAUCAAAUGUCUUGCGCUGGAUUGAGCUAGUCGCCAAAUCAGGAAACCUUGAGCCCCUUGUUCGUACAGCCAAGGUAGUGGACGGUUUCCUCAGGCGGCGCCUAUCGAAGCAUCCUUCUUUUGAAGAUGAUAAGCACCCUAUCAUCGCUACAUGGAGCAUCGAUCUGCUUCGGUUGGCAUCGAAAUUUGGACGACAACUAUUGAUGGCGCCAUGGUCCAUCCACAACCUUGUUCCCCCUUUCUGUCCGCCUGAUUCGGCAGUCUACAAGCAGUUUGGGACCUCAAGACAUUCUAUUACGGUACAAGGACUUUCGAAUCAGUCCUGGGACGAUAGAAUAUCCUGUUUUGUGGCGCCAGGAGAGCAGACGUCUGCCGCAGCUUAUGGAGACGGACACUAUGCUGUCGGCUACUCCUCCGGGCUGAUCGUUGUCUUCCAGACAACGUCUUGCCAGGUCCUGAGAACCAUGCACCACUUUGAACAUAUCAAGAGUCUUGAAUUCAGCCAUUCUGGAAGAAUGCUAGCAUCUGGGGCAAUGAAGAGCAUUCAAGUUUUCAACAUUCAUACUGGCGACCAGAUACUGAAGCAAGACACUGGUAAUCAGUGUCUCGCGUUAUGUUUCGACAGACUUGAUCAGCAUGUCUCAGCUGUUCUACGAAAUAACGAGAAGAUGACCUGGAAAAUCGACAGCGGUGCUCUUUUAAGCAGCACAAGCCUGGUUGACCAAGCUUCUGGUUCGACAAACGAGCACUCAAUGGUGGCGCGCGCACCUUUAGGGGCUGCCUUUUCACUAGAGUUGAACCUCUUGGCGAUCGUCUUCAGAGCGCCCUCGGUCAUGAUCUGGGACUUGGAGAACGAAUGCUUUUUUGGGUACUGUAAUCGUCGCCCUGACAGUCAACCCGCGAAGAAAGUGAGGCAGGCCCCAGCUCUCAGUGCUAUUUUCUGUUCAAGGCCAGGGAUAAAGUUGAUGGCAGCGACUUACUUUGACGGCGAACUCAUUUUGUUUGACCCAGAGGAGGACGUGGUAAUUGCAUCAGCUAUGGCAGGGGGCGAGGUCCUGGCCUGUUCCCCCGAUGGCAAAACCCUGGCAACAGGGGACUCAGCUGGGAAUAUCCAAUUAUUCGAGUUCGAUACGUUGAAGCUACUCUAUCGUAUCAAUUCUUUUGACGAUGGGAUUAAGUCUUUAGCUCUGAGCGUCGACGGCCGACGUUUCAUUGACAUACGUGGUUCAACGUGCAACGUUUGGGAGCCUUCCGAGUUGAUAAGACAAGAACCUGCAGAUCAGAACAGCGACAGCGACGGUCGAUCCACCACAGCCAAAGAAAUCAAUCUGGCCGAUGACGGAGAUCUUGUAAUGAUCACUUCUUGUGCUGUUCAAUCAGUAGGAGAAAUCGUCAUUUGUGGGAAAGAUGACGGUUCAGUCUGCCAUUACGAUGCUCAGACAGGUCAACAGUUACGCGUACUCUAUAACCAUGGCCAGGGGGCGGCAAUCACCCAUCUAAGCUUCGAUUCUCAUAGCGGCUUAAUUGCGAGCGCUGAUGAUUCCAGCACGGUGAUGGUUCACAAGAUGUCCAACAGGAGGUUUACUGACGUUGGAGAGCCGUUGGCCCGUAUCAAAUACGAUGACUCGAUAAGUCAACUCUUCGUGGAAAGCAAACGACUCUUUAUAGUCUCGCCAUCCGCCAUCUCCAUUUUCAGCACUGAGAAUGGGAAACGAGUCAAAUCACUCAUCCGAGGGCAACAUAUUGCGGCAGAUGAAGAUCCAGAAAUCAUGGUACUACUAAGUGGUGUCCAUGACCCCGUCAAGCCAUGGAAAUGGUUGAUGAAAGCUGGCCAAGUCAUUCUUCUCGAUUCAAACGGCCCUGUUUCCUUCAGGUCCGACAGCCUCGAAUCGACUACAGAGCUUACUGGAGUCCCUCAUUCAGGCACAAAGUCUCGGUCUUCACACAUCUGGGAAGUGGAUGGAAUUCCGGAGACAGCCAUUCUCUGCUUCGAUGAUCAGUACCUGGCUAUGACUUCGCCAUCUGCGAACCCACUGGACCCGCCAAUCUUUUCCCUGCGACCGUCACCGCUGGCAAAGACGUCCACUUCAGUUUCACCCAACGCCGCUGUCAAGCGAAUUGCUAGAUAUCUCGCCAAAGUCUUGGGCUCGGUUGGCUCUAAGCUUAUAUUUAUCGACAGAUUCAACUGGGUUAGUUCCAUCGAGCUGGCGGCGGACCACUACGCGCGUCAUUUUUGUGUCCCUUCCGAUUGGCUUAGCAUGAAUGGGUUCCUCGUCGAAGUGACGGAGACAAUGGUUGUGUUUGUGAGGAGGAAUGAAAUUGCUGUGGUGAGAAACUGGUUUACUGUCGUCGAUGAUAUUACCAUAGCAUAAGAGGGUUUAGAAUCAUUCAAGCUCACAUAGUUGUCGCAGUCACAUGUAUGGUGAAGUAUGAUUUGCUGUCGAAGGGGUUUGUCAUUUUCACGGGUACCCGUGGAAUUUUACAUGCACGGGUACCCGUGAGCCUAUUGGGAGCCA